GAAGAAAAUAAAACCCGUGGCUGGAGCUGAAGCUGGAGCUGCCGCCGCUGCUGCCGCUGCCGCCGCCUUGGCCGUCUGGAGCUCCCCCGCGCGGACGAUGCCCGCGGUGCCCGCGCGGGGCUCGGGGCGGUGAGGCCCGGGGCGCGGGGUAGCUAUGGCGACCGCUAGCGCGGCCCGCGGUGCCGCCUGACAGGUGUGGGCCCCGGCGGCGGCGGCAGCGGCGGCGGCGGCGGCGGCGGCGGCUCGGAGCAGCAUGUACGCCAAGGGGGGCAAGGGCUCGGCCGUGCCCUCCGACAGCCAGGCCCGCGAGAAGUUGGCGCUAUAUGUGUAUGAGUACCUGCUGCACGUCGGCGCCCAGAAGUCAGCCCAGACCUUUCUGUCCGAGAUCCGAUGGGAGAAGAAUAUUACGCUGGGGGAGCCCCCAGGCUUCCUACAUUCCUGGUGGUGCGUGUUCUGGGACUUGUACUGUGCAGCACCCGACCGCAGAGAGGCGUGUGAGCACUCAAAUGAGGCCAAGGCCUUCCAGGACUACAGCACUGUAGCAGCCCCCAGUCCUGUGAUGGGGAGCAUGGCCCCCAACGACGCGAUGGCAGCAGGCCCCAUGGCACCCGGCUUCUUCCAGGGCCCCCCCGGCUCCCAGCAGCCCCCCCACAACCCCAACGCCCCCAUGAUGGGGCCUCACGUUCAGCCCUUCAUGUCACCGCGGUUCCCAGGGGGCCCCCGGCCCACCCUGCGGAUGCCGAGUCAGCCUCCUGUGGGCCUCCCCGGCUCCCAGCCCCUCCUUCCUGGCACCAUGGAACCCUCCCCACGAGCUCAGGGGCAUCCGAGCAUGGGCCCCAUGCAGAGAGUGACACCUCCACGGGGCAUGGCCAGCGUUGGACCCCAGAGCUAUGGAGGUGGCAUGCGGCCCCCACCCAACUCCCUCGCCGGCCCAGGCCUGCCUACCAUGAACAUGGGCCCUGGAGUGCGAGGCCCGUGGGCCAGCCCCAGUGGAAACUCGAUUCCCUAUUCCUCCUCCUCCCCCGGCAGCUACUCGGGACCCCCAGGAGGAGGAGGGCCCCCUGGAACACCCAUCAUGCCCAGCCCUGGAGACUCCACCAACUCCAGCGAGAGCAUGUACACUAUCAUGAACCCCAUUGGGCCGGGCGCCGGCAGGGCUAAUUUCCCGCUCGGCCCUGGUCCGGAGGGCCCCAUGGCGGCCAUGAGUGCAAUGGAGCCUCACCACGUGAACGGAUCCCUGGGCUCGGGCGAUAUGGACGGGUUGCCGAAGAGCUCCCCCGGCGCCGUGGCCGGCCUGAGCAACGCCCCGGGCACCCCGCGGGACGACGGCGAGAUGGCGGCCGCCGGGACCUUCCUACACCCGUUCCCGAGCGAAAGCUACUCGCCCGGGAUGACCAUGAGCGUGUGAUGGGGCAGCAGCCCCUUGCCCACUGCCGGCCUCGGCUUCUGCCCAGUGCCCCUGCCUGGGACCAAGGUCCAGGGGCUCGGGCAGUCUGCUGGGUGAGGGUCUGAGGUCACACCUCGGGCGACUGUACUCCAUCCAGUUCAAGGAUUGGACAGCUGGGAGGCCCCGCACAAAGGACUCUCAUUUUAUAAAAAAACAAAAACAAAAAACACACAAGGACCUCAGAGACGUUCUUUCCUGUAUAGGCCCUUCCCGUCAUUUCUAUUUUGUCCCAGGGGGCUCCUUGGAGACCUCCUUUUCCCUGGACAGCAGGGGUGGGCCCCAUCAAUAAAUGUAACGGUUUUGGUUUUUGGUAUGUGGUCUCAGAUUUCUUCGCUGUGGCUUGUGGCCACGGCCUCCCAAUCAUGAGGUUAGGCAGAGGCCUCAGGGUUCUAGAAGUGUCAAGAGUUGGGGCAUCAGUUUCUGAAGGGUGGGUAAGAGUCUACCGCGUGAAAAAUGGAGAUGGGCCUGGAGUUGGGGGAUGGUUAGGGUUAGGUUGC